GUGGCUGGGAGGUGUUAGUUACACCGUGACAUGUUUACACGGAGACUCUGCAUUGUAAGGCAAAGGGCGGCAGGCGGCGGGCGGUGAUUCUCAGUCGUCCGGCCCCGGGUUCGACAGCCCGAUACUGGGAGGCUGCCCCCACCCACUACACGCAGGCCCCGGCUCUCUCCAGCUCCCCCUCCCCCCCGCAGGCCCCGGCUCUCUCCAGCUCCUCCCUUCAAGGCCCUCGGUACCGGCUCCGUCCCCAGGCCUCAGGCCCCGCUCUCGAUGACGGGCCGCUCCCGGGCCCCGGCCUGUCCAGCCGCCGUGCUCCAGUUGAAAAGCGCCGGUAACGAGCUGUUCCGGCACGGCCAGUUCGGGCAGGCAGCGGAGCGCUACACCGAGGCCAUCAGCGGCCUCACCAAGUCAGGUACAAAAUGCCCAGAGGAUUUGAGUGUACUGUAUUCGAAUCGAGCUGCUUGUAAUCUGAAGAUUGGAAACUGCAGCGAAUGUAUAAAAGAUUGCACUAUGUCAUUAGAGCUUGUGCCCUUCAUGCUGAAGCCCCUCCUGCGCCGUGCUGCUGCCUAUGAGACGCUGGAGCAAUACCCAAAGGCAUAUGUAGACUAUAAAACCGCAGUGCAGGUGGAUAGCAGUGUCCAGGCUGCUCAGGAUGGUAUGAACAGAAUGAGAAAAGUUCUUAUUGACAAGAAUGGUAGUAAUUGGCGUGAGAAACUCCCUCCAAUGCCAUCGGUGCCCCUCUCAGCUCAGCAUAGAUGGGGACCCAGUGCCCCUGGGAACACAGAGCGAACGUGCGUGCCACAGAAUGCAGGAGACACAGGUUCCAGCAAAUCUGAGCAGGCCAAGGCUCUUAAGGAAGAAGGGAAUGAGUUGGUGAGAAAAGGCGAGCACAGAAAAGCGGUGGAUAAAUACAGUGCGAGUCUGAAGCUGGAUAACAAGGAAUGUACCACCUAUACCAACAGAGCUCUAUGUCACCUGCAGCUGAAGCAAUAUCCUGAAGCAGUGCAGGAUUGUACAGCCGCAUUGGCUCUGGAUCCCAACAACCUGAAGGCAUUCUACCGGCGGGCACUAGCUCGCAAAGAGCUGAAGGAUUAUGCUAGCAGUGUCACUGAUCUUCAGGAGAUGCUGAAACGGGAUCCCAGCAACUCAGCUGGCCAAUGCCUCUUACAGGAAGUCCAGAAGUUUACUAAAUAAAACCUUGUCCUCGUGACCAGUUCAAACUUAAACCUCUGAAACCUGUCGGUGAGGGGGGCUUGGGCAGGUUUCUAACCCCUCUGUCUUUGUCUUUUUUUUGGCAUUUUUCUUCUUGGUUUUCAAGGGCUUUACGGGCCAUUUGUCCUUACACCAAAGAGCACUGUGUGAAAAUAUUUAAGUUAAACUGUCUGCAGCUCAGUUUAUACCUUUGAUUCCUACACACAGCAUCAAUUCCUGUACUGCAAGAUCCCUCUUUAGUUAUGAUUAGGCAGGAUCCUCUGCCUCCAUUCAUCUUUGCAGAUUGCGCAACUCCUAUUUAAUAUAUAACUGAGUACAAUAUAAUCUGUUGUGAGAUAUUUUUAGGGUAGUCCAUUCUGUGGUAGCUUUGUUUGCAAAAUUGCACUUUUAAUCUUUUCAGUCACGUUUCACUGUUGAUUUUUUGGCACAAUGAAGUGAUGUUGCAUCUAAGCCUACAUAUGUUCUCACUUCUCCCAUAAGCCUGUGCACUCCAUUUCAGAUGAGGUUAAGUAACAUCAGUACCACCUGUUAGUUUUAUUAAGUGGCUGUCAGGCAGUAAAGCCUGUGACAGUACAUUUAAAGGAUAUUUUAUGUGGUUACACUUCAGAGGGAGGAUCAGAGAGCAAUCUCUCCUAAAUUGGUUGCAGUACUACUUCCUCCUUGAAAAACCUUUUCAAUUUGAUGCUUUUCAUGGCUGCUGCAGCACUGUUGCGUUGACUCUGUGCUGAGACUGUUCUUAAAUGAAGAAAUUGUACUUUAAAUGGAGUAUGUGUACCUAAAAAUAUCUGCAUCUUUGCUUGAGUGUAGGAAGAGGUCAUUGUUCCCUAAUCUGUCUGAGAAUAUGACUGAACUUAACUACCCACCUUUAUCCUGUAAUGAUUUGAAUUGCAAUCAAUCCAGUAUAAAAUUGAUAAUAGCCAACAUCAACUACUGUUUGCUGGAGGAGUUCUAAACUUCCAUCACCUUUGUGAAUGUAGUUUCUGAUUUUAAAAAAAGUUUCAUCCCUAGUCCUAGAUUCUCAAAUCAGAAAUCCAACUAUAGGUGACAUCCAGAUACAGGAGACAGUAAUAUUACUGUCCACAAGUCCUGAGAAUGUGGGAAUUACAGAGACUUAACUAGAACGCAAGUCUGGUGUUACCUAUAUUGCUGGAGUUCAGCCUUUAUUUUAAAUGACCAGAGAUACUCUAGCUAUUGGAGUUAGAUGGCUAUCAUCAUAAUAGAUUUAUGAAUGAUGCUUAAAAGGGCAAAUGUCCCCAAAAACCUAAUACAUGACUAUACAUUCAAACAUCCACAUAAUUGCAUACAGCUCUGCUGCUAGAGAACAAGUUUGGGAGGAAACUGGUUUAAAAACAUCUUUGCUGCAGAAACAAUUUAUGAAGUAAUUCAUGUUGCUCUAUCAUUACAACCAUGGUAGGUUUUGAAUGAGAAGAGUGAUUGAUUGCAGCUUCAUUUAUUUCCAUUGUCAAAGUUUCAGCAACUGUAGCAAGUUGUGGGGAAACUCAGCUUUUCUAUGAGCAAUAUUUCAGAGUUCAUCUUUGCACAAGAACAGAGGGUUCAUCAGUGCCUGUUACAGCUACUGAGCGGGAUACAGAACGUGAAGCAGUAUGCAUCAAGGAAACAUGUCAAGUUUGCUGAAUCGUAAGCUACACAAAUAUUAACAAAAAACACUUUGCAAAUCUUUUGCAAGAGUAAAGAUGUUUUGGUCAUUCAUUUCUUGUCCUUAACUUGUUCUUUCACAAAAAUAUGAUGUACCUGGACUUGUAAACCUUGUCUGUUUGUCUCACCCCAUUGUGGGCCUAAUGUACUACUCUAGCUGUCUCAUACUAUGUACUAUUGGUUUAGUUUGAACAUUAUAUUGCACUGAAAAUCUUUUGGACUCAGGUAUUAAAAAUUAAUGAUUAAAGGCA